GUCCAGCGACCGAUUUGGAGGGUUCUUUUGAUCGUUCCCGAAAACGGCUGGAGAAAGGACGUAACUGCGGCGCUGAGCACGGGGGAAAGGAACGAAUCGCCAAAAGAGUAUAUUGGCUCGAGAAAUCAAAAUGCAAUCAAAACUACAGCUUCUUCUGUUUACGCUGCUCUUGGUGGGACUCUUGGUGGAUGUGUCGGCACAAAUGCGGCGAAAAAAAUAUCGGCGCCGUACGACCACGACAACGGAAGCCAGCGUUCAAGAUGAGGUCAUGAACAUGCUCGAAGAUGACGAAAUAGCCGAGAGGGCAGCGGAGCAGGCUGAGGUCACCGUCGAAGAUGGCGGAAACGAGGUUGGAUCGAAGCGUCAGAGCUUGCUCCGUAUGGACCCGUGCAUGGACAAACACUGUGGCGCAGGACGAGUCUGCAAGCUAAUCGACGAAGAUACUGCUGAAUGCGUUUGUGUCGAUGUAUGCGACGAAGAAGUCGACCCAAGACGAAAGGUUUGCACGAAUUACAACGAAACCUUCGGCAGUGACUGCCAAGUAUACCAAGCACGUUGUUUCUGCGACACCGGUGAUACUAGGUGCAAAGGACCUGACUAUCAACACGUUCAUAUUGAGUAUUAUGGUGAAUGCCGACAGAUGCCUAUGUGCAAAGAAGAAGAUAUGGCGGACUUCCCCAGACGCAUGCGUGACUGGCUUUUCAACAUUAUGAGAGACUUAGCCGAUCGUCAAGAAUUGCCAUCCCAUUAUUUGAAAAUGCAACGCGAAGCAGAAACAAAUCACACGUUGCGUUGGACUAACGCUGCCAUUUGGAAAUGGUGUGAUUUAGAUGGCCACCCUCAUGACAGGGCUGUUUCUAGGCACGAACUUUUCCCCAUUCGAGCACCACUGAUGGCUUUAGAGCACUGUAUCGCACCGUUCCUCGACUCUUGUGACACUAAUGACGAUCAUAAAAUUACCCUCGUCGAAUGGGGUAAAUGUCUACAACUUGAAGAGGACGAUUUGGAGGAUAAAUGCGACGCGCUAGUCGACGCAGCGUACGCUGACCAAUAACAACUACAACAGAUUUCACCGACACACGAUGAUACUUGCGACUGAGUAAACGAACGGAAGAGGCAAGAGCCCGGUAAAUACGAAGCACAUACUGUUAACGAAAGGAACGAGAAAAAUGGCGGGAAAGUUGCAGUUGCAAGUAAACCACCACAGGCAACGCGCAUGCCUUCACACACAAACUCGUCGAUACUGGAAGCUAUCAUGGUGCCAACCGUAGUUUUAGACAGUGACUCUCAAUAUAUGUAGAGAUGUGUGCGUUAGGGACUACUUGCAAUAAUUCCAUGGUAAUUUUUUAAUAACGAGUGAAAUUUUGUUUUCCCUUGCUAUCGUAUAAUCUUGAUAUUAUUCACGUAGUAACACGUACGUAUUUUUUGCAUAUAUGUAUACAUACACAUAGUUUGUAUAAAUUUAUUAUGUGACUGCCUUUUUAUCAAUAAAGAGUGAUACAAUUUUUUUUA